CCCGGAGAUUGCUGCUUGGCGCCCUCGAGGUCUGGAGGGCUUCACCCAGACUCGUUUGGGUAUUUCAGGAGGUGCUCAGCCCUAUCUCGCGGGCAUGGGCCAUCAUCCAUUGCCGUUCACAUCCCAUCAUGGCCUUCACCGUCGUCAACGGCCAGGUCUACACCCCCGGGCUGGCGAUUGUCGACGCGCCCCAGCCUCAUACUCCGCUGGGCGGAGACACUCUGCACGUCGCCAUUGACGUCUCCGGCAAUGGCCAACUCUCCAAUUCGUCGUUGGACGCCGAAUUCCACUACAUUAAUCUCUUCCUCACCUCGACCGACACCUCCAAGAACUUCACCAUCUCCAACGGCACCUCGUCGGACUCGGACGCCUUCGUAGGACCAGUUCUCGAUUUGGAGCCCUCGUCCACCGUGAAACACGUCGACUGGACCUGGCCGGAGUGUCUCGUGGGCGACGGCCAAGGAGGCUCCGAUUCCGCACGAGGCGACUAUAACAUCUCGAUGCACCAAUCUUUCCGGUGGAAGGGGACGGACUACUACACCGUAUUUGAUCUGCCCAUCUCUGUGUCCAAUAGCAUCGACAAGUCGGAUGAUCGAGUCGAUUGCAAGUGGGUGGAGAACGAACUGUUGCAGGCGCACGAGGUAGCUGCCAGUAAUGCUUCCUUGCCCAGUCAGCCCUGGAUCAGCGGGGGAGCCAGCAGCGGAGACGACGAUGAGGACGAGAAUAAGGAUGAGACCAGUCGCGCCAGUCAUUUCCAACCCGGAGUACGGCAAUGGGGGUUGUUUGCACUGGUCGCUGGCGGGCUGCUGUGGCUUUAAGCUGUAGGUCUUGGAGGGUGGAUGUAUAUAUAGAAGAAUUGGGACCGUGUACAACCGACGACGGGGACAAUCAUCCGGCACAGUGUGAGAGAAUCGUGAAAUCGUAGAGCCCUCGACUCGAAUGCCUUCGUAAGAGGUAUACUAGUAGUACUCGCUAUAAUAAGUCUCCUAAAUCAAG